AUGGCCUGGCCAGGUGCUCGCAGUAAACGGAAUGAGUCGAAACAGCGCGAUCGGUCUGCGUCGGUACACAAUAGCAGGGAGCGCGCACAACGGACACCAGCUGCUACUGCCAAUCUUCCCCCUGCGGACGAUGCUACCAAGCGUCGCCUAUCGACGAUGGGGCUGUUUAAUCUCAGUAUCUCUAUGGCUGGAGCUCAGAUUGCUUGGUCUGUGGAACUUGGUUAUGGGACACCAUUUCUAUUGUCGCUUGGGUUGUCCGAACAGAUUACCAGUUUGGUGUGGUUGGCUGGUCCAAUCUCUGGCUUGGUUGCACAACCCGUCAUAGGUGCUAUCUCCGAUUCCUCUACGUCCAAAUAUCGUCGGAGAUACUGGGUCGUCCUCUCCACAGUUGUACUCGUCGUAUCCAUGCUCUCCCUCGCGUUCUGUCAAGCCAUUGCAGCAUUCUUCGUGGACAUCUUCCAUGGUGGCGCUGGAGACUGGGACCCUCAACGGAACAAGGCAGUAUCCGACUCCGCAAUCUGGCUCGCCAUCGUCGCUUUCUACCUGCUCGACUUUGCCCUCAACGCCCUGCAAGCUUCCCUUCGCAACCUCUUAUUGGACGUAACACCUUCAGAUCAACUCAGUGCCGGUAAUGCAUGGCACGGCCGGAUGACCCACGCAGGAAAUAUCGUCGGUUUCGGUUUCGGUUUCCUGCCACUUGCCCAGAUGCCACUACUUCGGCUUCUGGGUGGAGACCAGUUCCGCAAGUUCUGCGUUGUUGCGAUUGUCAUCUUAGUGGCCACCGUGUGGAUAACGUGUUUCACGCAGACGGAGAAGGAACGUCCGGCGACCAACAAAUCACAGGGGAAAAUGACAGACGUGUUAAACAACAUCUAUGUUGCGAUUGUGAAGCUGCCGAAGCCUAUUCGAAGGGUGUGUUACGUGCAGGUGUUCGCGUUUAUGGGAUGGUUCCCAUUCUUGUUCUAUUCGACCACCUACGUCGGUCAAGUCAUGGCGUACGAACAGGGGGUUGACCCAGACAAGGAUCUAGCUACGCGAACCGGAGAGUUCGCCAUGCUCAUAUACAGCCUUGUCGCCGUCGCUGCUGGUACCCUUCUUCCGCAUCUUGCAAGACGCGAUCACCGUAUUCUCGAGCACGCCGUAGGAGAAGACGAAGACGAAGAGAUGAACGCACUGAGGCGGACAGUUCGUCAAUGGCAAGCAGAGGCCGCACGCCAGGGGAAGCCUUUGCGGCUACCGUACAUGCCUUUCUUGUUGCGCAAUAUCUGGACUGGAGCACUGCUGUUGUUCACGCUCAUCACGUUCUCUACGUUCUUCAUCACGAAGGUUUGGCAGGCUAUCGUGGCAAUCAGUCUUGUUGGAAUCUGCUGGGCCGUCGCUUGCUGGGUUCCAUUCGCUAUCAUCAUGGAGUUCCUCAAGGAGCUCGAUGAGGCUGCUGUUCUACCUUCCGAGAGGGCUGUAUCUCCAUCACGGCCUCUGCACACCCGUGUUUCUUCGACACCGGACCUGUUGAGCCGCACGGCCGCUACAGAGCGUCAACCAUUACUUCGCAGCCAGACAGUCGUCAACCAACCCACCGAAGCAAGUGAACCAGUCGCCGGUGGCACUAUCCUCGGCAUCCACAACCUUGCCAUCGUCUUCCCACAAUUCAUCGUGGCCCUUGUCGCAAGUGCGAUCUUCCGAGCAGUCGACGCGGACGUUGACAACGAUCCAGCAAACCAUCAUACGUACCUGGGCAAGAACGGAGUGGCCUGGGUACUUCGGUUUGGCGGCCUGUGUACUCUAUUCGGAGCUGCUAUCUGUCGCAUGGUGCCUCCGACGCGCACGGAGAAGGAGAUGCGACGCUUAAUCGGCGAGAUGAAUGCGUUGAAGAAGGAGCCGAAUCCUUAA